UCCGUAAUACAGCGCCAAAAUUGAAGCUGGGUUUGUUUUGCGAGAAACGUUUUAGCUUUUGGCUGUGCCAGUCGGUUUUUCUCUUUGUCUACAAUACAUUUAAUUAGAAGGGGGUCUGCCAUUUGUGACAACAAAGAAAAUGGAUACAGUUACAAGAAAGAACACCAACUUGAAAAAGGGUAACAAAGAGAAUGCCAGACCAGCAAGUGGACCCACUAAGUCCUUUAUUACCAGAGCUGCUCCUACUAAAACAGUGGCCUCUCCAUCUGCCCCUCUGCAUUCCAAAAGCAAUAAAAAGGAGGACUUAGGAAAGGGAGAAGAUGCUCUGAAGAAGGUCAUGACUGCAACCGCUGGCGAUAUGAAGAGACGCAACACUUUAAGCCAAACCUUCCUCACCAAACAGGCUGUCAGAGAGAGGAAACUGGUUGCAGAGCCCUCAAAGCCAGCUACUGUCCCAGCUAAACCUGUCCCUGGCACCUACAAAGGCAAGAUUGUCCAAUCCAAAAUAAGCUCCUUCAGGAAGCCUAGUGGCCUGGAGGGAGGGGUAGAAAGAAAAGCAGCUACCAAGACCGUGGCACCCAAAGCUGACAGCCAAAAGCCUGGGAAUUUGACAAAGGUCAGGCCCAAAGAUGUUGCUGACUUGCCUCAGCGCGCCUCGUUCAAGCCCCCUCAAUCAUGUCAACCCUCAAGAUCCAAGUCUGUGUCCGAUGGGCCUCCUGUAGUCUCCAAGUGCCCAGUCCCAGCCACACGCUGUCCAACAGGCUCUCGCUCUGCAGUCCCUCCUGCCAGAGUGGUUCUGUUUACCACAGCUCUCCAAAGGUCCAGUAGGUCUGCCAUGACAUCAAAGGGGAAAGAGCAGCCACAGAGAACCAAGCCUAAGAUGACAACUGACAAGAACGUUCGCAAGCCUCCGGUUGCCAGCACGCUAAGCCAGUACAGGGCUAACACAGAGACUGCUGAAGAGAAAAGAGCAAAGCUGGCAGAGUGGCUGGCAUCCAAGGGAAAGACUCUGAAAAGGCCUCCCAUAUCAGCAGUGGCACUCCCAAAGUAUAAACCAGUUGUGCAGCCUGAGCCUGAAGUCCACCCAGAAUCCACAGCCUUCUCUCAACAAAAGACCAAUGUUGAGCCUCAGCCCUCUGACCAGAAGUCACAACAACCUGGUCCUGAGCCUGAACCGACUGUUCGGCCUAAAAAUGACCAGGUGGUCCCUGAGCUGGAGGCAGCCUGUGCCUCAACUCCACUGAUAAUGAACAUGACACUUGACCUGCUUGACAACUCUGAUACAGAUUUUCUCCCUGUUGAUCCAGAGGUUCGAAUGAAUGAUGUUGUGGUCAACCUUUGUGAUGCUUUGGAGGCAUUGGAGACACCCUCAGCAUGUGUGGAUGAGCCACAUGAGAAAAAUAAGGAAUCUGAAGAGGAGAAAAUGGUGGAGAGCGAGCCAAAUUAUGAAUUUCAAGAGAGGAAUGAGUUUGCUGACAAUUAUUUUGACAGAUCGGAGGAUGUUGAAGUGAAAAGUGAAGUAGGAGAGGGAGCUUCAGAGCAGAAAGUAAGGAAGGGUUAUGUUGAGAAAGUUGAUAGUGAUGAUGACGAAUGCUUGAUGGAGACUACACCAGAGGCAGAGGAAGCCUCCAUGGUGAAAUACAAUCUGAAGACAACUCCAUAUCUUCAAAGUGUCAAGAGAACAAUCAACAGUGAGGCAUGUGCAAGUGGUUCCAGGCGAAAAAACACCAUCAAGGAUCUGAAGUUCCUGACACCAGUCCGUCGUUCCUGUCGCAUCCAGCGCAAGUCAUCCCACCUGCCUGGGAUGCUGACAGACCACGACACCUGUGUGUCCUCGCUGGCUGAGCUGGUGAAUCUGGAUGACAAUGCCAACGCCUACAUCUACAGGAAGAACCCUGCUCUCCUGGAGGACCUGCCUGACCAUCCCAAAGACCUGGAGAGGAUCUGAGUCUUUGGAUGAGUGGGACGAAGAGGCCUGAAAAGGAAGAGAAAGAAAAUGGAACUGAUGGGUUUUUAAAUAAUGAAAACAGAUUAUUUGCUGUCUUACCUUCCAUAAUGGUUGUUAAUCCAAAUUGUGAUAAUAUGGGCUAUGCGUGGCAAGAUUUACUAAUCCACAAAGACUGGGUGCCUCAAUUAUGCAUGCCUUUUGUUUUCUGUUUGUCUUAUUUCCCUUUUGAGUUGUUACUUCUCAUAAGGAAGAGGCAUUUGCCAUAUCUUGACCUGCUACACCUUCUCUUUUAUUUAUUGUAUAUAUUCUCUCUGCUGUCUUACUGUGUUAAGUUUUAUGUACUGUUUAUUAUUUUAAUGCAGAGUUGAUAAUUUAAUCUACCACUAGGUUUUACCAUAAAUAAAUUACGUACAGCACACCUUUUUAUCACCCCCAAUCAUGUUGUAGGAAAUAAGGAAAUGUGUGUUGCACAGCCAGGAAAAGUUACAAUAUUCAAUACAAUUCUACGAAAAUGG